AUGCCCGUCAAUGCGGAUACUUACUCUGAGUCUUCCCGUUACAUGGCACAGCUCGCAAAUCAUGCUAUGAAACGGAAAGCAGCAGGCGAAGAUGAUCCGCCCUCUGGCCGAAGUUUCAAGAGGUCCCGCUCAGGAUGUUUUACCUGUCGUCUUCGGAGAAAGAAGUGCGACGAAGGUCGCCCAUCCUGCGCAGCUUGUAUUGGCCUUAAUGUGAAGUGCGACUAUGAUCAACCAAAUUGGUGGUCGAGCCCAGAACUGCGUGUUCUCCAAAAAGGCAAAAUGAAAGAUAAUAUCAAGCAAAAUAAGGUGAUUGUGAAGAAUCACCAUGCUUUUCUUGCGGAGGGUAAUCCAUAUAAUCCCCAACAAUCACCGCAGGCCUUCCAGUCCGCCUCUUUUGUGCAACAGCAACAGCUACAGCAGCCUCUGCCCCAGAUGCAAAUACAGACACCGCAGCUACAGCAGCAAUUUCCGCAGAUUCAGCUAGACCCACUGCAGCUACAACAGCUACAACUACCGCAAAUCCAGCUAGACCAACUGCCAGACCUACAGCUACAACUACCACAGAUUCAGCUGGACCCACUGUCAGAGCCACAACCGCAGGAGCAACUGCCGCAGAUUCAGCUACAAUUGCAACUACAGCAGCAACAAGAGCAGCAACAGCUACAAUUACAGCUACAACUACAAGAGCAGCAGCAGAUACAAUUGCAGCUACAGCAAGAGCAAGAGCAGCAACAGCUACAGCUACAACAAGAGCAGCAAAGGCAAGAGCAGCAAAGGCAAGAGCAACAAAAGCGAGAGCAACAAAUGCAAGAGCAGCGGAAGCGCGAGCAACAGAAGAAGGAGCAGCAGAAGAAAGAACAGCAGCGGAAAGAACAGCAGCGGAAAGAACAGCAGCGGAAAGAACAGCAGAAGAAGGAGCAGCAACAGAAAGAGCAGCAACGGAAAGAACAACAGAAGAAGGAGCAGGAGAAGCAAAAGGAUAAGGGAAAGGGAAAGGAAAAGCAGCAACCCCUUUAUCAAGUCGAUGUCACAACCGAACGCCAACUAUUCAUCAAUGACGUACAAGCCCGAAAAGAAACCUCUGUUACAACUUUUAAUACUCACGUGCCCCCACAAAUAGAUGAGGGGGGUCCAAGUAUGUCCAAGAAUGAACGGACAUCUCAAAAAACCGCAAUGGGGCCGCCACCCGUGCCCUUUAGGGGGUAUCCUGGCCCUGGCCCUGACCCUGGUCCUGAUCCUUUCACCCCCCCUGGUCAGCCCGAACCAGAAGAAGAGGAGGGGGGUCCUUCAAUUAUUAUUGAAGAUGAUGCUCCGUUGUUGUGCCAUUUUAUUGAUAACGUGUUGCGGCUCUUUUUCCCCAUUUCUGAGGCUCACCAGGGAGGAGAAGAUGACCAACGUAUCAGAGCAAUCCUUUAUUCUUUGGAACACAAUCAAUCGUACUUUCACUGUUGUCUCAGCGUCUCAGCGAUGCACUUGAAGAGCGCGGUUAAAGUCAAAGGAAAGGGUAUCAACUACGAUAUACUUCGGCAUCGUUGUGAGGCUGUUUCAACUUUAUGUGAUGCGUUGCGGGAUACUCAAGAUUACGACAGAAUUCUGGAUUCCUCGCUUGCUAUGAUCUUUUUUCACUGCGCUGUGGCCACCCCCGAGAAAGAUGGCCUCCCAGAUAUCGCAUGGUACGACCAUUUUGAGGCAGUAAUUAAUCUGCUUGGCAGGUUGGAUUAUUUAAACCCCGCAGCGACUAUUCAUCACAUAAACCCACCAUUCAGUGCGAGCAUAGCCACUUGGAUUGAUAUUCUGGGUGCUACUAUGCUUGGAAGGCCACCACAGUUUGCUGAGACGUAUAGAGUCAAAAAUCUGAGCGAUCUCCCGUCUGGUCUCUACCAGCUUAUGGGAUGUGAGGACCGCGUGAUGUACAUCCUCUCUGAGAUUGCUUGUCUCGAUGCCAUGAAAUUAAGAGGGACUAUAGGCGAGAUUGCCGUCUGUGCACAGGUGGCAUCGCUAGGCCGACAGCUUGAAAAUACCGAGCCUAGGGACCCAAAACUUGAGCACCCUUACAACCCAACGAGCGGGGAGUUUCGAGCCGAAAAUGUUUUCAAAACGAUAACUGCUAUCUUUCGUAUCGCAGCUCGCAUUUACCUGUGCAGUCUUGUUCCUGGAUUCGACCGCCAUCAAGAGAGCAAUACAAACCUCAUUGAAGCCGGCACUCGAGCUCUUGACUACCUUCCUGAUGGACCGAAUGGUUACGAUCGAUGUAUAGUGUGGCCCCUGCUCAUUAUAGGCACCUACUCUGUUCCUACAAGCUCAGUGCGUUUGGUACUGCAUCGACGAAUGAUUGAAAUCGGAGAUGACAAUGAUUUUGGCAACUGGAGCCGUCUCUAUCGUGUCCUCGUGGAGAUUUGGCGGCGUUCAGAUGGCCAUUUGAACACUGUAUCUGGGAAAUCCCAGACUACAACUGCGGGAGCACAAAUCAUGCAGCAGACUAGACUGCAAGCCGUACAUUGGCGAACUGUCCUGAUCGAGAAGGGGUGGGACUACCUUCUUAUGUGA